AUCCAAACAAAAAAUACAAGAGAGAAGAAGAGACAGAGCAAUAGAGAUAUAUCAAGAGAGAAGUUAGAUUCGCUUCUCUUCUUUUUUUGGUAAACGUUUGAUUCUUCUUCUUUGUAUGCUCUGAAGUUAUGGGAGAACGCAAAAACCUAAACAAGUAUUAUCCGCCAGAUUUUGAUCCGAAGAAGAUACACCGCAUCAAGAAACCGAAGAACCAGCAGAAAAAGAUUAGAUUUAUGCUUCCAGUUCGUGUUCGCUGCAACACAUGUGGUAAUUACAUGUCGGAAGGCACCAAAUUCAAUUGCCGUCAAGAAGACGUCAUCACCGAGACGUACCUAGGUCUAAAAAUCCACAGGUUCUACAUCAAGUGCACCAAAUGCUUAGCAGAGUUGACAAUCAAAACCGAUCCAAAGAACCAUAGUUAUACUGUAGAAUCAGGUGCAAGUUGCCUUUAUAAUGGCCAUGAGGACAUUGAGGAGGAGAAGAAGAAGAAGCAUGAAAACGCAUUAGAAUCCCUAGAGAACAGAACUGUGGUAUCUAAAAGAGAGAUUGAAGUUAUGGCUAGUCUUGAUGAGUUAAAGUCGAUGAAGUCUAGACGAGCCUCAUUGAGUGUAGACUACAUGCUUGAGGAUUUGAGUAGAAGAAAAAAACAAGAAGAAGAGAAUGUUGAGGAAGAAUUGCUUAUUAAGUCGAUAAAAUUUGGUAAGAGGAUUAGAACUGAUGAAGAGAAAAAGAAAAACUAUGAGGCGUUUGAUGAGAAGAAGAAGAAGAAGAAGAAGCCUAAGAAACGUGAUUCCGGUACUGUUUGCAUAAUCUCAAAGAAGAAGACGGGACUCGAAUCUCUGUAUCACAACUGUGACAACGACAGCGAUGAUGAGUAGUGAAUUGGUUUUCUUUACCCCAUUUUUUUUUUUUGUGUCAAAAAUUGGUUUUCUUUACCAAGUGUCAAAUGUUGAACAACAUAAAUGAUAUUAAAAAUAUAAAUUAAAAAAU